AUGACCACCGCUACACUGGAACUUUUUCCUGUGCCGUCUCUCUCCCCUUCCAAGCAUACCCCAAGCAUCCUUCCCGGAGCUGACGCAGACUCUACCGUCGCGUUGCAGAAUGUUCUUCGAGAGAAUCAUGAGAGGUGGCACAUCUUCUUCAAUGACAAAAGAUUUCACAAUCAUACCACUCACCAUGCGUUGGCCAUCUGGGCUCUCGGUGCCAACAAAGAAACCAUUGACGCUGCGUAUCGCGAGGACGCUACCAUCCAAAAACCUGCCAUCCCGUCUCCGAGCCCCAUAACUUCGGCAAACUUCACUAGUCACCUCGGAGAUGACAAAUAUUUUGACGCCUACAUGGAUUUCUUCAAGGAAAAGAUCCAGGAGAAAGGCACUGCCUCAGUAUUGGAGGAAUUCAUUUUCUCGGAAUCUGCAAAUAUCGAUACGACAGCGGACAAGAGCAAACAGCCCGCACUGCUCAACCGUGUGAUGAAUGGCCUGGUCCAUCCCAUGAUUCAUACGGGAUAUGGACUUGAAUUUGGCCUUCCUGGAAUGGUCGUCGAAGGUCUCGCCGAGGCUGCAGUACAUCGCGACAAGCUCCAAUCUCUGUUCCCUUCUUCAUGUUUUACAUUUUCACCAGCGAUAGAUACGCUCACAGAAAAAGCAUCCUCUGAACUAGCUCUCGACGAUGUUCCACAAUCGCAUAGCGAGAAGAAAGGAAUUCAUGCUUUUGACAUUCUUGCGCGGAUCCUCGCAGACGACACAAUUGAAGUGCCUUAUAGUGAUGAGGAUGCGUUUACGAAAACGCUGGAAGCAAACGGAGAAGCUCUGUUCCGAUAUGCAAGCCAGUGGACUUUGGAUUUGUCAGAUCCCAAAGAAGUAUAUCGCAAAGUCGAGGAGUUGCAGUGGAUGAAUACCAUCAUAUACGCAAUCGGCGGUUCUCAGCCUGGGAAAAAGUUUAACAGCGAUUUCUUCCUCAUGCAUCUUGUCACGUCGUCCUUAUUCCUGCCGUCUUUCGUAGCGUACCUCACUCCACCCUCUCAGGCCCUCCUUCUGCGACACUACAUGGCUGUAUCCGUAGCUUGGUGGGUUUCUCGGGGCCGUCCGGGCUUUGACAUACCAAAGUUUUUCGGGGCGGAUACCCCCCUGGUUCCUGCAACAUCUCCGGCUACCAAAACCCCAAGUUGGAAACUGACGUCUGCGCAUAAUCCAUGGUUUAAGAUUAUCCAGCACGCUGUCGUCGAUCCAGACGAUCACCUGUGUAAAAUCCAAAGGGCGUUCGCGCACUAUGCAACCCUUUAUGGGAUGCGGCCUAGUGGUGAACCUGAAUUUUCACGGACGGAACUUCCAGGCGCGGAGAAACUCGAUGGGACGCUCUUUCUUCGAGCCGCAUAUUUGACGGCGAAACAUUUCGAGGAAGGAGAAAAGCAGGGCGACCGAGAUUCAUUUUUAUGGGAUCGAACCGGAUUCUAUUAG